AUGCCGCGCGUCUACAUAGGGCGCCUCAGCUACCACGUCCGGGAGAAGGACAUCCAGCGCUUUUUCAGCGGCUACGGCCGCCUCCUCGAGAUAGACCUCAAAAAUGGGUACGGCUUCGUGGAGUUCGAGGACUCCCGCGACGCCGACGACGCCGUUUACGAGCUGAACGGCAAGGACCUGUGCGGCGAGCGCGUGAUCGUGGAGCACGCCCGCGGCCCGCGCCGCGACCGCGACGGCUACAGCUACGGAAGCCGCAGUGGUGGAGGUGGGUACAGCAGUCGGAGAACUUCUGGCAGAGACAAAUAUGGACCACCUGUUCGAACAGAAUUCAGGCUUAUUGUAGAAAAUCUUUCUAGUCGCUGCAGUUGGCAAGAUUUAAAGGAUUUCAUGAGACAAGCAGGUGAAGUAACCUAUGCGGAUGCUCACAAAGAACGCACAAAUGAAGGAGUUAUUGAGUUUCGCUCCUACUCUGAUAUGAAACGGGCGUUGGAUAAACUAGAUGGUACAGAAAUAAAUGGCAGAAAUAUUAGGCUCAUUGAAGAUAAAGCACGAUCGAGCCAUAGGCGGUCUUACUCUGGAAGCAGAUCAAGGUCACGUUCUAGAAGGAGAUCACGAAGUAGGAGUCGCAGGAGCAGCCGCAGUAGAUCUCGAAGUGUCUCAAAAAGCCGCUCCCGAUCCAGGUCUCGGAGCAAAGGUCGAUCACGCUCUCGGUCCAAAGGCAGGAAAUCAAGAUCAAAGAGCAAAUCAAAGCCCAAGUCUGAUCGAGGCUCCCGUUCACGCUCUCGGAGCAGGUCUAAGGAGUAUGAGAAAUCUCGGAGCAGGUCUCGUUCUCGAUCCCGUUCCCCCAAAGAAAAUGGAAAAGGUGAUAUAAAGUCAAAGUCUAGAUCGAGGAGCCAGUCUCGUUCCAAAUCUCCCCCACCUGCUCCUCCCUCAAAGGCUCAUUCUGUGUCCCCUCCACCAAAAAGAGCUUCCAGAUCUCGUUCUAGAUCUCACUCAAAGUCAAGGUCACGGUCCAGAUCAAGUUCCAGAGAUUAA